AUGAUCGCAGGAGGGCCGGCCGGGCGGACGACGCCGGGGGCCGAGCAGGGCGACGACAGCGACCAGGCAUGGGACGAGCACAGCGACACCGCCGACCAGCCAGCCACACACACCCUCACCCUCCACACCACCACCCCACCCCCACCAGCAACCCCACCCACGCAGCAGCAGCAGCCCACGAGCACGCCCCCGGACAGCAGCACCAUCUUCACCCUCAUCCACGACCCCGCAGCCAUCCUCACCCGGCUCCAGGCCGAGCAGGACCAACAACAGCAGCCGAGCCCGCCAUCGCCCAAACGAGCCCGGCCAUCGCUGCCAUGGGAGGCCACGCCCAGCCAGCCCGGCCCGCCCUCGGAGGCCCGUCGCCGGGAACAGAAAUUCCUCGCCUGUCUCGCCGCACCCACCGUCGACGUCGCCGGCCUGCGCAAGCUCGCCUGGGCCGGCAUCCCGCCCCGGCUCCGAGCACUCGUCUGGAUGAUCCUGCUCGGCUAUCUGCCCCCGCCCCGCUCCAGAAGACUCGAGACCCUCGCCCGCAAGCGCCGCGAAUACCUCGACGCCCUCCGCCUCGCUUUCGCCGCCGGCACCCACAACCUCGACCAGACUAUCUGGCACCAGAUCCAGAUCGACGUCGCCCGCACCCAUCCCGGCGUGCCCCUCUGGCAGUUCCAUGCCACCCAAAGGACCAGAGAAGAAAAUUGA